AUGUUGGCAGUAGACAAGAGUGCGACGUAUUUAUGUUGUACAGUCCAACUUGGACUUUACGUUUUACUCAUAAUCGUAUUUAAUAGGCAAUCCAUCACGUUUGUAUUGUGUUGUUAUAUCAAUUUAGCAGUGAUUUUGGUUGGCUUGUGCACGUCAAAUGUUAAAAGUAAAAAAAAUGUUUUAUUCAUCAGUAAAGGGAAUCAAACUAGAGAUUGCUUGUUAUAUUCAUUUCGCGGAAAUCGUGGUACGAGAAACAUAAAUAAAAGAGUCCAAAAUCUUCGUUCGGCAAAAGCAAAUAUAGCAACUACUUUAUCACCAAGAAUACAAGCAAUCUUGUCAAAACUGAAGGAUAGUCCUUUGCUAAAGGAGAAAUUAAAUUAUAAAUUGUUAAUGAAACAGUUGAAACAAAUUUUUCACACCACUUCAACAACAGUAUGUUCUAAAUGUAAACUAAAACAAUCUUAA